AUGGGGCACGGCGUUUUAUACUGUUUGAGCAUACGAAACGAGUACGAAGUUCCGUACGUAGUACGGAAACCUUCCCCGAGCCUCGGACUUCCAACCUCGGACGACGCGAACGGGGAGGAGUUACGACGCGCGCGCCGCGCGUCACACCCGCCGCCGCCGCCGCCGCCGCCGCCGCGCGCGACGAUGGAAUCGAGAUGGGAUAACAGGCACAUCGCGCCGUUCGACGCGCUGCCCGUCGUGCCCGCGGACGGCCCGUGGACGCCGCCGCCGCACGAGUUCGAGCCGCCGCGCGCGUCGCGCCCGCCGCGCCCGUCGACCGCGACGCUCAAGGUUCGCUACGCCGCGGUGCGCACCGCCGAGGAUUUGCGACAGGCGAUCGUCUUCGCCGCGCGCGAGGACGACCUCCACGGCCUGCGAUGGCUGCUGCGCGAGUUCCCGAAGAUGCCGCGCGACGACCCGACGCCGGUGGAGCGCGCGGCGGAGCACGGGCACUUCGAGACCCUCAAGUGGCUCCGCGCGCGCGGCUGGCCGUUUUCUCCGUGCGCCAUCGGCGCCGCCGCGAGCGAAGGCAGACUGGAGAUCGUGCAUUGGCUGCGAAAGGACGGGAACGUGUGGUCCGGGAUGUCCAACUACAAGCAGCGGGUCCACCCGGAGUAUCCGAACAUGUGA